GCUGCCAGGCCGGAGCGUCUCGGUCUCUCGGCGACGGGUCCCUCCUCCGAAACUCGGCGAGGGAAGCUCUGCCAGCCGGCAGCUCCUGAAGAACGUGCCGGGAAGGUAACGCGGGAGAGGCGGCUGGUGGACACGUCAUCCCAGCGCACCGGAAGCGACCUGAGAAUGAAGAGUGUGAUCUACAGUGCCCUUGCUCAGAAAGAGGCAAAAGAGCUCGAUGUUCAGCCGGCGGGGUCCGCCCGAUCCGAGGCCUUCGUGAAAGCCUUCUUGAGGCGCAGCCUGCCCCGCAUGAGCCAGCCAGCCCUGGAGGACCAGCUGCAGCGCAAGGCGGUCGUGCUGGAGUACUUCACGCGGCGGAAGCGCAGGGAGAAGAAAAAGAAAUGCAAAGGCCUCUCUGCCCGGCAAAGGAGGGAGCUGCGGCUCUUCGACAUCAAGCCAGAACAGCAGAGGUACAGCCUUUUCCUCCCUCUCCAUGACCUCUGGAAGCAGUACAUCCGAGACCUGUGCAACGGUCUCAAGCCAGACACGCAGCCACAGAUGAUCCAGGCCAAGCUGUUGAAGGCAGAUCUUCAUGGUGCGAUGAUUUCAGUCACAAAAUCCAAGUGUCCCUCUUACGUGGGAGUGACAGGGAUCCUGCUACAGGAAACAAAGCACGUCUUCAAGAUUAUCUCCAAAGACGACCGCCUGCGAGUUAUCCCCAAGCUCAACUCUGUGUUCACCGUGGAGAUCGAUGGCUUCGUGUCCUACAUUUACGGGAGCAAGUUCCAGCUUCGGGCAAGUGAACGGUCUGCGAAGAAAUUUAAAGCCAAGGGGACCAUUGACCUCUGAACUCUUAAGAUUUCCAACAGCCAGAAGUGGGUGACAGCUGGAACGUCCCGCUCUUUGGAGAGGACCACCCAUUUGCAAAGAAUCCUUAUGUUUCUGACCUGUGCGAGGGGUGUUCACGGUCGUGUGUGUUCUUGAGCAUGGCCUAUAGAGAGGAAAAGAGAGAAAAUACACAGGCUGUCUUCAA